AUGCCCCUGUCCAUAUCCAUCAUCUCUCUCUCCGUCUCUGCCCAUGUCGAACCCGUCCCCGAUGAGUCCCUCUCUCUCCCGUCCAAUGUGGACAUGGGGAGCAGGCUCGGACAAGACCAAGCCCUCGUCCUCUGCCGCAAAGCACCACCACUCAAGUACUCGACAGCCCUUUCUCGUAGAGACAGAGUGGGCUUCAGCCCAGUCCUCUUCCAGAGUCCCGAUUGCUUAGGCGGACGUAGCUGCGUCUGUCUUGCAGCCGACCUCUCUCCCUACUGGCACGGCUCCCCUUGUUUGCUGCCCACGGCUGCUGUCGAUGCAACUGCUGCUGCUAGCCCUUCUGCCGACCCGAACUUGGACCUCGAUUCCCAUCCAUCCACCCAUCCAUCCAUCCAGUCAUCCAGUCCUCUAGCUAAAGCAAGCACCGGGCGCCCUUAG